AGUAAAGUGGAUUUUCACCGGCGACGCCAUUAAGCCGGAAUGGAGUCUUCAGCAAGCUCCAAGCUCUACUGACGAGGGUUGGGCAUGUUUAAUUUGUGCGUCGGAUCUCAUCGCGGAUUUUAUUAAUAUAAUUAACUGGAUUGAGGACGUGAAGUGCAGCUUAAACAUCCCAGCUAGAUGCGUUUUCUUUAGCGAUGCUGGGAACAUGUACGGCAUUUUGGGCCCUAGCCGUUGAACUUGACCGGUAGCGGUGACCUGAUUGACUUUUUUUCUUUCUUUCACGUGUGUAGUUUUUUUUUCUCUCAGGCAACUGGGCGAGAUUUAAUGUCCGUUUAUGGUUGGUAUUUGUGUAUUUGUAAUGUAAUUCAUUAAGUGGAAAAAGUAUCUUUAUAAGUUAAUCAGUACCAGCAAAAACAGUUUAACCAUCCAAGAAAAGAGAGCCGGCUGUUCGCGAAAGUUCUUUUGUAACUUCCGUCUAGGUCUCAAAGUCCCUAAUUGAUAUCUGUAUUGCAGACUCGUUUCUGAUGUUUUUAGGCCAGUGAUGCGAUAGUGUUACAGCAUUAACUCUUAGUUUUCGCCUGGCGUAAACCGCGAAUGAAUGAAAGCUAGCGCACACAGACAGUAGGUCCUGAUCCAGGUCCGGGGGGCAUCUUUCCCGUUCAAGUCCGUGUUGUCAGAUACUUACUUCUUCUCACCCGUGGAAGUCAUGCUGCUCCUCCAUAACGAGGUGUGGAGAUCCUGCCUGGACUACCUCUCCAGACCCUGUACUGUGGUGGUCGGCGCAGUCUCUGCCGCAGUUUAUUACCUUUGGCGCUGUGAGGGCCAGAUGCCCCUCUUGGUGUGUGGCGGUGGCUUCCGUGUCUUCCUGGAGCGUUACUGCCCUGUGGUGACCGAGAGGUUCUGUCCCACGCCCUGGUGCUGGGGGGGGCGGCUGCAAACCCUGGUUCGCGUGCUUAUCAAGUCAAGCCCAUCGGUCUCCUACCGAAAUGAGCUGAUUCGAACAGACGAUGGAGGUCAGAUCUCCCUGGACUGGGUGGACAAUGACAGUGGCAGCACAUACCCAGAUCGUUCCACUCGACCCACGGUGCUGAUUUUGCCGGGACUGACUGGGAACAGUAAGCAGACCUACGUCUUGCAUGCCGUGUGCCAGGCCACGCGCCGUGGCUACAGAUCUGUUGUCUUUAACAACAGGGGUUUCGGAGGGGAGGAGUUAUUGACUCCCAUCACCUUCUCUGCAGCGGACACGUCAGAUUUGGAACAUGUGAUCUGCCACGUGAAGAAACUCAUCCCCCAGGCGCCGCUGCUCGGGAUGGGAGUGUCCCUGGGGGGGAUUCUGCUGUUGAACUACAUGGCCCGCAAGGGGAGCGAAGCGGACAUCCAGGCUGGCAUCACCAUGUCAGUCAGCUGGGACACCUUGGAGUCCUGCGCCUCCCUGGAGCAGCCGAUCAACAGGCUCCUCUUCAACCGCCACCUGGCUGGGAACCUGUGUAGGACCAUCAAGAGGCACCAGAAGAUUCUUCAGUCUGUGGUGGAUGUGGACUAUGUGAUGAAGGCCCGUACCAUCCGGGAAUUUGAUGAACGGUACACAUCAGUGAUUUUUGGCUACAAGUCGUGCCUGGAUUACUACAGGGACGUUAGUCCUGGGUACAAGCUGCCCCAGACCGCUGUUCCUGUGCUGUGCCUUAAUGCCGCUGAUGACCCCUUCUCUCCGAAACACGCUCUCCCUCUGGCCUUGGCUCAGCGCUUGCCCAACGUUGCCCUGUUGGUAACCACUCACGGGGGUCACAUUGGCUUCCUGGAAGGGCUCUUCCCUCGAGGAGAAGGUUACAUGGACCGCCUCUUUGGUCAGUUCAUUCAGGCGGUAUUCGAACACCCAGAGGAUCUCAAGGAGGCCUGUGCCAUUAGAGACGACCUAACUUACUGACAGCUUCCUGUGUAAGCAGCAGCCCUGCCCAUGUAACCUCCAUUUCACUUCCGCUGUAAACGAGUCACCUCAUCUCUCACUGACUGCUAAUCUAUACCUCAGACUCCUGGCAGAAAAAAAAUAGCCUGUUUCCAGGUAGUUAAAACAACAUAGACUAACGCCUUUAUUUGUACUGUGGAGCCGAACGUGACUUUUCAGAGUCACACAGCAGCCUUAUGUGGCAAAUAUCGUGGUUUUUAUACACCUGGGCUGUAACACGCACGUCUGAAAUUUUCACGUUUACUAAUGGUGCUCCAGCUGCAGAAAGAAGCAUUUACAUAUCAAAACCAUCUCAUCCAUCCAUUCAGGCAUCAGCCAGAAUAGGUCCAUAACAAAAAUCAAGCAUUAUCCUAUGUGGUUAGUAUUUAUCUGGAAAAAGCUACCUCAUCCCUCUUCUGCUGCAUCUCAAACCAUCACAACUGCUGGCCCAUAAUCAGCGUCAUCCUCAAAUUAGUACUAGUAGAUGUGCAAUUAAUCAUUUAAAAACCUUAGGAUGGCCAGGCAGUCAUAGCAUCAUGUACCGUAACUUUUGGUGGUGUUCAACUCCAGUUUUAGUUCCAGCUAACUUAAGUCAGGCUGAAGUCACUGCUUGAAAUCACUCCUGGUUCUUCUGCUUAGUGGUCUAAUGUAUCGGUUUUGAUGUGUUUUGCCGAUAAAUCUCAUAGAAUGUGGUUGUUAAAAUGAGUUUCUUCAUUGAUAGAUUAAAAAAAAUGAAGAAACCUACUGUGAUCAAGGGAGCAAUUUCUAUAUACUUUCUAUAUGCUUAUUCGCAUAUACAUGCGCACACAGAAUACUGUGUUGUAGUACUAGACAGUCAAAGAAUAUGUUUAAAUGAUCUUAAGUCUGGUGUGAAAUGUUUAUCGCUGUCAUAGUGUCAGCUUUGCCCUUUCAAAACCUCCCAAAGUAUCCCCAGUUUUGGCAGCAACCACCCAGUACGCUCGUGCACGCUGGACACCCAGUACGCUCGUGCACGCUGGACACCCAGUACGCUCGUGCACGCUGGACACCCAGUACGCCACGUUUCACUAAUCAAUACCUCAUUGAGUUAUUUAACUAAGUACCUUGAGUACGUGAUCUUGUAAUGAAAUUUAACAAAUACAUUGGAUGGCUGUGGUGCACUGAGGGGAGGUUUGGGAGCUGAAGCGGUGUUCAUCUAGUCAUCCAACAGGAUAUCAGUAAAUUUUUGUAGAAAAGAAAUUCCUGCUAGUUUUUGUAUUCUUAAUUUGCAUAUGUUCUCAUUUUUAAAUUGCUGCUUCUGAGCAAAUAAGAUAAACAGCUUUAAACAUUUCCUUUGACUGCCUAAGACUUUUGCACAGUACUGUACCCUAUCAAAUCAAAAUCAAUCUUGGGCUGUACCCGCAAGGUUCUGCCAUUUGUACCCCAGAGUCCAUUUUGGUACCUCAAAGGGUCUGUUUUUGUGCCAUUGGGGGGUACAUUGUAGUUAGUACCUGGCAGAACAAAACUGUACCAUCCUUUUAGUCUGACUUUGUUUAUAAUAUACACACGCAUUGGGAAUGAUUCGUAUUUCCAUUCCUCUUUUCCCCUUGUCUUUCGACUGCUUUGAUGUAAAUCUGCUUUGAUAAAUCGACAGGUGUUUUAUCUCAUUGAGAAUAGCCAUGAUCAUCUUCACAUCAGUAUCUUUUACUACUUGUUGAUUGUUACCUAGACUAUGUGCUGCUAAUAUAUUGCUGGAAAAACACCUAGUUCCGCCACAAUCUAGGGAUUUAUAGCUUUAAAUGAACCAGAUAAAAUGGCGUUGCGCAUGUCUGCUGUACACCUGUGGCUUAUGGGACUGAUCUUAAACCGUAUUUGGGUUUGAGUAGCAUUGUUCCUUGGGUGGAACUCGGGACGCUUCAACGCACAGGGUUUCCCCAGGCUGAAGCCCAGGGGCACCUGCUAAGAAGGGUCCUCAGCUGACCUUGUUUAAUAACAUUUAAAACCUACCCAUCCCAUAUUGAAAAUGAAAAUGCUAUGUCUUGCAAUGAAUCAAUAUGGGAGACACUGUACGAGUUGGGGGAGGGGGGGUGGGGAGGAUUGGUUGCAUGGUCCAGAUUAAAUUGUACGUAAUAUAGUGAAGAGCAGGGGAGCAUGUGACUAUGUUAAUGCCCCUCUUGUGAGACUGCAGAUUUUUAAGAGUAACACAUCAUUAGACUAGAGAAAACUUGUCUUAUAAGAAGAGUUUAAGUAAACUUUCCUUUCAGACUUGUCCUUCAGUAAUAAACCACUCCAGGAAAACUAAACUGAUAUGUUCCUGCUUCACCUGUAUCUUGCCGCUGUGGCCAGUCGCAUUUUUUCUGUUAUCUGAGUGAAUCCGCUGCCCCCGUAUGGACUCCGCAUGUAUUCACACCCAUGUCGCUAUGUGUGCGUGUAAACGGGGCACCAUCUGUGUAUUUACCGAAACACAUUUUUAAAUGUUCUAUGCCUUAAGUUUAUUGGGUGAUGCCACUAUGCCUUUGAGCUGAAUGUUAUUGCACUGUCUGACAACUGUAUUAAGUGUUGCUGGUCUUGUGGCCCUGCUUGUAGGAAAUGAUUGAAUGAACUUUAUCAUUCCGUUUUAAUUAUAUUUAAAGUAACUUUGUAUAUACAUGCACCUGGAAGCUGAUAAAAGGCAGUGUUACGGCAUUUGAUAUCUUCAACAUUGAUUAAAUGUAUUGAGUGCAAAAAGUGUGUAAUGCUUACCUUAAAGGUUUUUUUAUCUAAGAAAAUUAGCAGGAUGACAUUGGAAAUGACUGCUCUGUAAUAGUGUUGAUCUUUUAGUGCUUUGUCAGUCAACGAUAAGUGUUGUGGGUGAUUGACAGGUUGGGAGAAAGGAAACAGAAUGUGUUUUUGCACUGAUUUAGAAAGUUUGUUUACGUAAUAACGGAUAUCAAAUGUCCAUUUGUUUUUUUUUUUGUUUUUUUUUUUUUUUUCCCCCACGUCAACAAUUUAUAUUGACAUCAGUUCUGUGCAGAAAAAAUGUCUUGUUUUUCAGCAUAAUGCAUUCAUUUCAUUUUACUAUCAUGGCAUAAUUAAAAUGUGAAUCUUAGCUACUGAACAUUUUGUCCGGCUGAUAAAGCUGGAAUGGAUAUGACAAAUCGCCUAAACGAGUUGAAUUAAAUCGUACAUAUUCAGUUUACCGCAAUACCUCUGAAAACAAUAACUGCCAUUGAUAGGAAGUGACAUGGUUUUACUGAAAUCCAUUCAAUGGGCAGUGGUCACGGUUUCCUGUCCUCUGGCUGGUAGAGUAACCAUAUCAAUGUUUGGCCCUUGAGAAACGGCCUUAACCUCAACUGCUGUAGGGAUACUGGCAAACCUUGACCCCAUACCUUCCACGCUUGAUCAUUGCUUUAUGCAGUGACAUUUUAGUGGUAUGUUUUACUCUUAAUAGUAUGAAGAGUUGCAUGAAUGUUUUGUGAUUUAAGUAGCUGUCAUAAGUAACUGAAGGCGUUAAACAUAGACGAGACAUUCUGGAGAGAUGCCAUCUGUGAUUGCCAGUGGUUUACAUUACAUUACUAUCUAAUAUUAAAUAGUAAUAUUGUACAUUUAGAAUCUUAUGUCUGACUCAUCUUAUAUGUAAGAUCAUGUGUUUGGCCUUGAAAAAAUAUUGACUGAUUUUUAUUUUUUUUUAAUUAUUUUUAAAACGUACAAUUUUAACUUUUUAUCUAUUGAAUGUGAUCUAAGGGCAUUGCUGAUAUUACGGGCAUUAUCCAACAUAACGUUCAGCUAGAAAGAACAUUUAAAAAAAAAUGUAUUUUAGAAAGUGGAGUUGUAAAGUAGAAAGUUGUCACUGACCUGCAGUUUGUGAAAAGGUACUGAUUAAUAUCUGUAACGUGUAACCAUUUAUAAUGGUAAAUGGGCAAUAAUCGCACUUAAAAGGAGCGUUUCUUAACGUCCCCAGACUUGUUUUAUUCACCUGAAAGUAUCUUAUAAUGUAAUAGCGAUUUAUUUGCACUUUAAUAAUAAAAACUAAAAAA